CGGAAGUGAUGUCGGGCAGCAGAGUGUGUCUGGUUAACAGCAGCUCGCAGUGACCGGGGGGAACGGGCCGGCUGUUAUCGGUGACCCUCGCCCUCACUUCGGAGCCGCCUGGCUGGGCAGGAUAAAAGGAGAACAAUGACUGCAGUAACCUAGCAUCCUUUGUGCCCCAUUGAUGGGACAUAAAUAAAAAGAUGGAGAGUCAAAUAAGAUCAGAGAGUCAUGGACUUUCCACCCCAGGACACACUCAUUGCAAUAAAUCGCAUGAAAGGGAUGGCGCACACCUAUCCAAACCAGGAAACAACUGUGGCCUUUCUGCUUCUGGAAAUGUAAGACAUGCAGGUAAACACACUGGUGAUGGCUCACCAGGCAACGUAUCAGGGGUGUUUAGAAACCAUCAGUUUGUUGUGCCUAAGCCUGGUUGCUUCCAUGGUUCUGAUGGAGCUCCACAACAUAGUGAAGCGACUGGAGAGGUAUGGACUAAAGAAUUUUUCUCUGUUGAAGCAUCUGGAUACAAUAUAAGUGAAGACUUAUGUGAAGGUCAAAAAUCACCACAAGUUGCCACCUCUAGUGGUGAGUGUAUUAGUAAUAGUACUGGAUCUGUUGGUGGUACAUACUCCGAUAUUGGUGACCGUACCUGGAGUCAGAACUGCCACCAUUUUUCUUGUUACCAGCAGCAGUCUUUGAAUGAGGAAGGAGGCGAAGAUGAAUAUUCUGGGAGACUAGCAGAGGAUGAUCCUUGCAAAGGAGUAGGUGGAAGAAGAGGUCGUAGAGGAAAAACCCAGAACAGUUCAAGGGAUAAUUCUAAAAAGGAUGGUCGACAAGCUCCUUUUAGCGGCAAGCACAAAGUCAAUCGCAAGAAAAAUCAUGUGGAUGGGAGACACCAGCUGAGAUCCCUCAUUCCUCAGCCAUUGCUUCAGUUUUCAAACUAUUGUAUUCACGUGCUCAUCGAUUUGGUGCUGUUGAUUGGUGAAUGCGUGGAGUCGCUUGGCAUGCUCUUGUAUAUCAGAGUUUGGCAACCUGCCCAUGACGUAGGCAAUUUAAAAAGUCAAUUCUUGGCCUUUGGAAUCUGGGUAAAACACCGCACUAAAGAUGUUUGGGUCCUUGUUUGCUAUAGUGGAGCAUGGAUUUUCCGUGUGCUUAAGAUGUUGUGUGCUCUGCUCUUCCUGCUGCUUAUGGUUUCAGUGCGCUGGGCUCGACUUUGCUGGCAGUAUAUUAAGAAAACGGUGGACAGAGUUGACAAAGAUAGCAAUUGGAGUUCUUGGAUUUCUACUAACCUGCAUACAAUCUGGGCCUUAGUAACACAAAACAGGACCUGUAAACGUUUAGUCAGUCUGCUCAGAAGAUGGACAGGAAAGUUAUGGCCUUCCAGGUUAGCUACACAAAAAGAGUCUACAUGGGCCUCCGCGGGAUCACCUAGUACAGGAGGCCGCUUCCAGCCUAGGCAUGAAGUGGAGCGAUUGCUUUCUAUGGUUGAUAUUCCAGAGGAGGAUUUAAAUCCAUUUCAAGUUUUGGGAGUGGACAUGGGCGCUAGUGAUGUAGAGCUUAAGAAAGCUUACCGGCAGUUGGCUGUAUUGGUUCAUCCAGACAAGAACGAUCACCCUCGUGCAGAAGAAGCUUUUAAGGUUUUACGUGCUGCGUGGGAUACUGUCAGUAACCCGGAUAAAAGAAAAGAAUAUGAACUGAAGCGAAUGUCAGAAACAGAGUUGGCCAAGUCAAUGAAUGAAUUUCUUACCAAGCUGCAAGACGAUCUAAAAGAGGCAAUGAACAGUAUGAUGUGCAGCAAGUGUCAGGGGAAGCACAGGAGAUUUGAAAUGGACCGGGAUGCUGCCAAUGCCCGUUACUGUGCUGAAUGUGGAAAAAUGCAUCCUGCAGAAGAGGGAGAUUUCUGGGCAGAAUCAAGUAUGCUGGGACUCAAGAUCACCUAUUUUGCGAUGAUGCAGGGCAAAGUGUUUGAUAUAACGGAGUGGGCGGGAUGCCAACGUGUGGGAAUCUCGCCAGACACUCAUCGGGUUCCAUAUCACAUUUCAUUUGGUUCAAGAAAUCCUCCAACCACAGGACGACAAAGAGCUCCAUCAGAAAGCACUCCGCCCUCUAUGGCUGAUGUACAGAAUCUUUUGAACAGAAUAUUUCAAGGCUCUCCUGGUCAGAUGCCCAAUGGGAACAUCUUCACACCGCCCCAGCAGCCGCCGCCACCACAGGGAGCUCAGUCUCCUCCCGCACCAUCUAAACCUGACACUGCAUCUAAAAGCGAAACAAAGUCAAAGCGAAAGAAAAAAAUGAGGCGCCCCGUACAGAGAUGAGUCCAAACUCUAAAUGUGUCGUCUGGGGUAAAGACAUUAGGCGCACAACUUUCUUCAAACUAUGAAGUGUCUAGUGUUUCAAGUCAGACUGCUAUACACUGACGGGAACCAAGCUGUCAAGGGCUUUACACAGCAUUCAAAUGAAAAUGUCUUCUUUAAUUUUUAUUCUCCAGUUGCAUUGGGGACCACAGAAGCUUUCCCUUGCGAGUACCUUUUAACACGUCACAGAUUUUUUUUUUUUAUUUUAAAUAAAAAUAAACAUAAUCUUCCCAUCAUACCAAAGAUACCUGAUGUAGACAUCUUUCUGGAGAGAGUGUGACAUUGCUGUACGUGUAAGUCUAUGGGGGGGAAUGGACUCCCUGUAGAAUGUGGGGGCGUACAGCUGUGCAAGAAUCCCUAGCUCUUCUAGGUUUACACAGAGGAACUUGGACGCUACAGUGGUUUUGCUUUGGUUACCCUUUUGCCAUGUUAUCGAAUUUGCUGUGAAUUAUAUCAAACCCCAUGAAAGCAAAGGAGCUGACACGUUUUUUUUUUUUUCUUUUCUUUUUUUCUUAUCGACAUGGAAGUUAAUACAGGGGCAGACAUGCUGCCGAUUUCUCAAUUUUCUUUUCUUUUCCUAUAGUCUUUCUGUUCUGCUUUGCUAUGUAACCAUUGCAUUGGUCUGUUUGCUCCAUUAGAAGUCAUAUGACCAUACAGGUAUAACAGAAUUAAAGCACUUGAGGGAGUUUUCCGACAUAAGGUUUUAGAUCAAUGGAGUGCUGCAAUUGGGAUGGGGGGCUGGUCUUGAGAAUGAAGGUAUUCUAUUCCUGCCUGUUAUUCACUGGAGAGGAGCCCACGGGGCUUAUUUGUAUUUAGCUUGAGUUAAAGAAGUAAUGCAGGAUUUUGCUAUUAAUAGCUUAUCCUCACAUUAGUCCAUCAAUAAUAGAUUGGUGGGUGUCCGACACCCUGUACCACCACUGAUCAGCUGUUCCUGAGUAGGUUUGGCACCGGAACUCCAUUACACAGCUCCAUCCUUCGUAUAGUGGGGAGAGCUGGUUACUCCAUCCACUGCACAAUGGACGGAGCUCUAUGUGGUUCCAGCACAGACUUCUGCCACCAGAGCUACUCUGAUACAGCUGAUUGGCAGUGGUGAGGGGUGUCGCCUCUCUCCAAUCUAAUAUUGAUGGCCUAUCCUGAGGAAUACCAAAACCGCCUAUAGAUAACUGGAGAAA